UUUUUUUGUUUUUUACUACAACUCAAUCCCCACAUUUGAUAGGAUACUGGUGAUCUCAACGAGUUGACGUUUGUCACUCAUUCAUACUUGAUUUUUUCUUUUCCGUGGAACUUUCAACAAGUGAACUUGUCCUAAGGCCCAUGGCCCCGAAUAGCUACAACUAAUUAUUAGCUCUUGACCCACCGCCCGGCCAGACGUCGCUUUUCCAUCAUGACCUUCAUCAUCGUCUAGUGAACUGUGUGACGUAACAAUCCUGCACUGGAUGCGGUUCUGAAGCGAUGGAAUCCUCGAUUCAGCGCUUGCUGAAUGAUAAGCUCUAUGAUCGGAGGAAACAGGGUGCUUUGGAACUCGAGAAAGUCGUUCGCGAUGCCGUUUUCAAAGGCGCACAUGAAGAUAUUCAAAGGAUCGUCGACCAGCUCUGUCAUGACUACGCCUACGCAGUACAUCAACCUCAUGCGCGAAAUGGUGGGUUGAUCGGGUUGGCCGCGGCCUCAAUAGCGCUUGGAUCUGAAGGUGUUGCCCCUUAUCUCAAGGAAAUUGUGCCGCCGGUGCUAGCUUGCUUCUCCGACCAAGAUGCACGAGUCAGGUACUACGCUUGUGAGAGCAUGUAUAACAUUGCCAAAGUUGCUAAGGGGGAAAUAUUACUGUUCUUUAAUGAGAUUUUUGAUGCGUUGAGUAAAUUGGCAUCCGAUUCUGAGCUUUCGGUAAAAAAUGGCGCAGAACUCCUCGAUAGGCUUGUUAAAGACAUCGUGUCGGAAUCAGCUGCCUCUUAUGUCUCAGUCUUGCAGCUUUCCGAGAAACAAGAGGCAGACCCGGAAGCUUUGGAAGACCCUGACCUUCCAACGGCAUUUUCUCUUCCAAAGUUUAUACCAUUACUUAAAGAGCGGAUACAUGUUAUCAGCCCAUUUACUCGGAUGUUUCUUGUGUCAUGGUUGACUUUGUUGGACACGAUACCAGACCUUGAGCUUGUCUCAUACUUACCAGAAUUCCAGGGAGGGUUAAUUAAAUUCCUUGGUGACCCUAACAGAGACGUGAAUAUUGCCACUCAAAAUCUGCUUGACAGGUUCUUAUUGGAAAUCAAGCGCAUCGCUCGUCUCAAGAAAGGCAUCGAAGAGAGCCGGAAAGGCCAAGGAAGCGACAAUAGGCAGUCAGCUACGAGCGACAGCAUUAGCACAACUACGGACCAGACGGUUGCCGUCGAAACCGAGACCGAAACCGGAACAGAUGACGUUGCUGUAGAAGAUUCUGAAUCAGGCUCCGCUAUUGAUGAGGAGGUCUUGCACGCUGACGGAGAUUGGAUACCAGGACAAGAUGUCCAGAUAGAUUAUCCCAAGAUAUUAGACAUCUUAGUGGGAUUUGUCGACACGUCUUUUGAGGAAGAGAUGCAGUUGACAGCGCUACGAUGGAUCGACAACUUCUUCGAAAUAAGCCCCGAAGACAUAUUGCCAUUCGUUCCACGACUUCUGACCCAAGUACUUCCAGCGAUGUCCAGUGGCUCAGACCAAGUGCGGCAGGCCGCAAAUCGAGUUAACACAUCGUUGCUGGAGUAUAUUGUAUCUUUAUCCGAAGACACAUCCGAUGAGACACGACAAUCAUCAUCUUCGAAGAUAAUACCCACACCCAGCAAAGAGAGUGAGAGGAGAGAUUCUGUACCGAAUACUAAGUCCACGGAUGCAUCAACAAAUGGCUCCAGGAAGCAAUCCGUGCAGGAGUUCACACAAGACCUAACACCUCGAAGUAGUAUUACAUCCACACCAGUGCCACCUGCCGACCUUGAUUAUGCCGCGGCAGUCAACUCGCUGACUUUGCAGUUCCUGAAUGAGAACGAAGCUACAAGAGUAGCAGCUCUCUCUUGGCUGAUAAUGUUGCACCGGAAGGCUCCCAAAAAGGUGGUGGCAUUCAACGAUGGAACGUUUCCUGCUCUGCUGAAGACACUGUCCGAUCCAGCGGAGGCCGUCGUGACCAAGGAUCUCCAGCUCCUAUCACAAAUUUCGAGGAAUAGUGAAGAUAGCUAUUUCAAGUCGUUCAUGGUAAACCUACUUCAACUGUUUUCCACCGAUAGGCAUUUACUAGAGGUUCGCGGAAACCUCAUCAUUCGUCAACUCUGUAUGAAUUUGAGCCCAGAGCGUAUAUACCGGACCCUAGCCGAUUGUCUGGAAAAGGAGGAGGACAUCGAGUUCGCCAGUAUAAUGGUUCAGAACCUGAAUAAUAACCUGAUUACUGCGCCCGAGCUCUCCGGACUGCGAAAACGGCUACGGAACCUGGAUUCUAGAGAGGGCCAGAUGUUCUUUGUGGCUCUAUUCAGGUCUUGGUGUCACAAUGCUGUCUCUACAUUUUCCCUGUGUUUGCUCGCGCAGGCAUAUGAGCAAGCCUACAACCUUCUCCAAGUCUUUGCUGAGCUCGAAAUGACUGUCAAUAUGUUAAUUCAAAUCGACAAGCUGGUCCAGCUGUUGGAGUCGCCCGUCUUUACUUACCUUCGACUCCAAUUGCUUGAACCAGAAAGCUACCCAUAUCUCUAUAAAUGCCUCUACGGCGUCCUCAUGCUCUUACCACAGAGCUCUGCCUUCGCAGCUCUGAAGAACCGUUUGAACAGCGUGAGCAACAUCGGUCUUCUCCAUACUGGACCCCGACUGUCCACUAUGGUCUCAACCUCCGGAUCGAGCACCUACGACCGCUCCACAGGCAGCCGCCUCAAACGGGAAGAAAACGCCAUCCGUUGGGUCGAACUUCUUGACAAAUUCAAAGCCGUCCAGGAGAAAGCGCGCCGAGCCCAACGUGCAAACCAGCGUCCCUUCGACACCGAAGGUAUCACCGGGUUCCAGAAUCAUUCGCUGGCCGCUGCCCUUUCCGCUGCAGACCAGGCUCGAAAUAAGGAACGGGCAAAUCUUCCUGAUACACCACGGACGGGGCUGGGCCCGAGUGGGCUUGGUCCCGAGGGACGAAGGAGUCCUGCUGAUGGGGGGAACCAGAAAGGAGGGUCUAUCCUCGGCGGUGCGCAUAGACACAAAUCUAGUCUUCCUAAUCUUGGGCGUCUGGGUAUUGGGAGUAGGAAGUCGAAACGGUGAUGGGGCCUGUUCUUUCUUUUAGAGAGCUGAAGCCGGUGGGUUUAUGAAGUAUCGGUACGUGCGUGAGCCUAGUUACACGGAGGGUUUUUCGUCUGUUAUCGUGUACUGUUCUAAGCGUUCCUCCAGAAAGAUUUGCGGCCGCUUGUUUGUCGUAUCAAUCGCGUUUUAGCGUCCAAGCCUAACUUCGUUGCGCAAAACCCCUCCUAGGUCUAUGGCU